AUGACGGUCGAAAAUCUGAACGCCAUUUCACCAGCUCUGGCUCAGACUUCACAUAACCCAGAAGACCACAGCCCAGGGACUGCGACGCCUGUCACGAUAAGAUCACCUUGUAACCAGCCUGAGGUCAAGGUCGACAUAGAACAUGUGCACGUCGAGGAUGAUCCUCGGAUGUGGUCAAACACUCGCAAGAAUUCAGUGUUGUUCAUUAUAUCAGGAGCGACCAUGAUAGCGGGCUUGACAGGCAAUAUUCAGAAUCCUGCCAACGCCCAGAUCCAGCAGCAACUCCAUGCGUCAGCUCAAGACAUCAGCUUAAGUUUGGCCAUGUUCAUCCUCAUACAAGGCAGCGCGCCAUUAUUCUGGAGCACGCUUAGUGAAAUCAAGGGCCGGAAGCUGGUAUACCUCGUGUCCAUCGCAAUAUUCAUUGUCACCACUGCCAUUGUCGCCAUCUCCAGGACGAUAGGACUGGUGAUAGGCAUGCGAGUCUUGCAAGCAGCUGGGUCUAGCUCCGUCAUGAGCGUUGGUGCCGCUAGUCUCGCUGACAUAUACGAGCCGCACCAGCGCGGGACGAUGAUGGGCAUCUACUACUCUGCGCCACUCCUCGGUCCUGCUCUUGGCCCUAUUAUUGGCGGUGCGCUCACGCAGGGUUUUGGUUGGCGCGCUGUGUUCUGGUUCCUGUGCAUAUGGGGCGGGGUCAUCUUCGCCGCGUUCGCGUUCCUCUUCAAGGAUACGUUCAGGAAGGAGCGGAGUUUAACGUACCAGAAUGUGCUUAAGAGACGGAUAAGGGAGAGGCAGCAGCAUGAGCAGCAGAAGGCAAGGAAGUCGAGGUCGGGCGAUGUUACGCCUGCGACGGCACGGCCAUCGGUUGAAAAUGAGCACGCGAACGAAAAGGAGCAGGGCUCUCCUAAAGAUUUGGAGGCACAGAGGGUCGUGGUGUCAGCGGAGGUGAUGAAGGAGAUAAAACCCUCGCUUGCAGAUGUCAAUCCGCUCCCUCCGUACUGGAGAGUGAUAAAGCAGAAGAACAACCUGGUUGCCAUAACGUCUUCAGGAUUGCUAUUCGCUUUCAGCUACAGCAUCACAUAUACCUGCGCCAGGACGCUCGCCGACUCGUACGGCUACAACGCAUUGACAACAGGUCUGGUCUUACUCGCCUUCGGUAUUGGCAGUGUGGCGGGCAGCAUCUUCGGCGGCCGGUGGUCCGACAGGGCACUUGCUCGACUCAAAGUUGAGAACGGGGGCGUAAGCUACGCCGAGAUGCGCCUCGAUAGCACGAAAACUGUGAUGCUAUUCUUCCCGCCAUCCGUCAUUGGGUAUGCAUGGGUGUGUCAGGAGCGGGUGCACGUUGCGGCAGUCUGCGUCAUGCUCUUCCUCUGCGGGUUCUUUUCUAUAUGGAUAUACAGUAGCACACUGUCCUACCUCGUCGAUGCUAAUGUCGGCCGUUCCUCAAGCGCUGUUGCGAGCAACAGCACGUUUCGUGGCCUGUUCGCGUUCGUUGCAGCUGAGGUUGCCAUCCCUCUCCAGGAUGCGAUAGGCGAUGGCGGGCUGUACACGCUCUGGGGAGGGCUGAUGAUCCUCUCGCAGGGCAUGACCCUGCUCGUGAUCUAUAAAGGUCGCGAGUGGCGCGAGCAGAGCAUCGAGGCAGAGAAUGCGAAGCAGGAGCGCAAGGAUGGCGUGGGCCAAGCAUAA